UCGUUUCCUAUCAAACUAACCACACACACACAGUCCAACUCAUACCUGAUUAUCUUAUCUCAUCCAAAUCAAAUCAAUAAACUCAUAUCCCUCCCAAAAAGAAUAAAAAAAAAAAAUGUCAGCCCCAUACCAACCAAAGACCGAGCUCCCCUCCAAGUCCACCACUAACACGCAAACGGAGUCCAACGACGACACGACUACUACCACUGCUGCUCAGAACGGCCAAAACAGUAGCAGCAGCAGCAGCAAGACGCAGAAAACAGAAGCAGAGGAGGAGGCAGCUGAUAGGCUGUAUGAGGAGAGGAUUGAGGAGGAGUAUGCUAAGAGGGAAGGUGGUGCUUGAGCCGUGCUUAUUACGUUGAUGGAUGGAGAAGUGGGAGGAAUCGGCAUGACUGUUUGAAAAUCAGUUGAUUCUCCUAGACAUUAGAGAUGUAUUAUUGCGAUGAUGUGCUUGAAAUAUCUGCGUCUUAGAUAUUUGUACCGAUAAAUAUAC